CUUUGCCUACAGACUGCCUUUUGAUAUAUAUUCUCAUCCCUCCGUCUCUCUCUUCCCUCCUCCUGCUUCCUUGUCCUUGUCCUACCAACCACCUCCUCAACCUUCGGCAGGCCGGAACUCAAAAGCCUUGACUUGACUAGUAAGGUUGACCGUGGUCGCUUUUCCCUUUUAUCUUCAGACACCCCGUCGUCGUCGUCGUUUUUCGCAAAGCAGUAGCAGCAGCAGCCACUGCUCGACAGCCUCUUUCGCAAUGGCUCUCCACAAAUACGACUACCUCUUCGCCAUCGGCACCAUCUUCGCCUUCCUCGAUGCCUGGAACAUUGGUGCCAACGAUGUCGCCAACUCGUGGGCCUCGUCCGUCUCCUCGCGGUCCCUGACCUACAUCCAGGCCAUGUCCGGCGCCGCCAUCCUCGAGUUUGUCGGUGCCGUCGGUGUCGGUGGCCGCGUCGCCGACACCAUCCGCACAAAGGUCGUCGACAUUGGCGCCUUUGAGCAGGCCCCCGCCCUCCUCAUGCUCGGCAUGGUCUGCGCCGUCAUCGCCUCGUCUCUCUACCUCACCCUCGCCACCCGCAUCGGCAUGCCCGUGUCCACCACCCACUCCAUCCUCGGCGGUGUCCUCGGCAUGGGUUUCGGUGCCCUUGGCCCCUCUGGCAUCGUCUGGGUCGGCUACAAGGAUGACGGCUCCGUCGACAUCAAGGCCGGUGUCAUCCAGGUCUUCCUCGCCUGGAUCAUCGCCCCCCUCCUGGCGGGUACCGCUGGUGCCAUCAUCUUCUCCAUCACAAAGUACGGCAUCAUGCUGCGCAGCAACCCCACCAUGAAGGGUCUCAUCACCAUUCCCCUGUACUUCUGGCUCGCCGGCUCCCUCAUCACCAUGUUGCUGCUCUGGAAGGGCGGUGACUACGAGGUUCACCUGACUGGUGCCCAGAUCCCCGGUGUCAUUGUCGCUGCCGGUGCUGGUUUCGGUAUGCUCGUCGGCUUCUUCCUCAUCCCCUACUUCUACCGCGUUGUCAUCAAGGAGGACUGGCAGAUCAAGUGGUACGAGUUCAUCAAGGGUCCCAUGCUGCUCCGCCGCGGUGAGGUCCCUCCCCCUCCCGCCGACUACCGUGGCGUUGUCCGUGACUUCUACGAGGGCCACCUCGACCGCGAGGAGCUCGAGGCCGAGCGCGCUCGCCAGGCCGCCACGGUCAACAGCGAGAACGACGUCGAGGCCCAGCACGAGAAGAAGACCGUUGUCAACCGCGCCACCAGCGACUCGGGCAUCAGCAAUGACGCGCCCGCCCACGCCCGCGCCCCCGCCACCGAGGCCAACGACGACGUCCCCGAGAUGAACAUGUACGGCAAGCACAUCCGCAAGAACGGCAUCAUCGGCCCCAGGCCCGCCGGCAACCUCCUCGCGCCCGGUGUUAUGUUCUGGUGGCUCAAGUGGGCCCUGUUCCGUGGUGUCGACAUUGACAUCCACCGCGAGCAGGCCAAGAAGGGUGCCCUGACGGGCGACCUCGCCGAGAUCCACGCCCGUGGUGACCACUUUGACAACAAGACCGAGUACCUCUACACCUUCCUGCAGAUCCUCACCGCCGCCUCUGCCUCCUUUGUCCACGGUGCCAACGAUGUCGCCAACGCCGUCGGCCCCUAUGCCUCCAUCUACCAGGUCUGGCACACUGGUGAGAUCACCGGCAAGAAGUCCACCGUGCCCGUCUGGAUCCUGGCUUUCGGUGGUAUCGGUAUUGCGAUUGGUGCCUGGACUUUCGGAUACCGUAUCAUGAGCAACCUCGGUAACAAGAUCACCCUCAUGUCGCCCUCGCGUGGUUUCUCCAUGGAGCUCGGCUCCGUCAUUGCCGUCGUCGUCGCCACCCGUCUCGAACUCCCCGUCUCCACCACCCAGUGCAUCACUGGUGCCAUUGUCGGUGUCGGUCUCUGCAACGGUGACUGGCGCGCGAUCAACUGGCGCAUGGUCGCCUGGAUCUACACCGGUUGGAUCAUCACCGUGCCCGUCGCCGCCGUCAUCUCUGGCUGCCUCAUGGGCGCCAUCACCUACGCGCCCAACUGGUCUUAGACUCGUGAUCGCGCGACAAGGCGAUGGGUUGAAGAAACUUGUAUAUACAAUUGGUCGUGGGGAGCAAGAGAGCCAGGGGAGUAAUGUCUCUUUAUUAUUGGUCGUAUACCCCAGAAUCGAAAAUGUUUGUCUCGCUGCUCUUGCUGCUGCUCAUGAUGAUUCACGAGCAUUGACUUCAUGUUUGUGACGUUCUUCGCGUAUUGGUAGCUUGGAUCGCGGGCAAUUCCCCAAAUGCUUGUCAGUUCCUCGUAGCCUCCCCGUUGGCGGGCUCAUUUAGAUGAGACAGUCGGCCACGUUGAUAUUUAAUGUUCAUGUGGUCGACUUUUGCUGAUCAUGUUGCCUGAAGGGCUGCUGGCACAGCUUAAUGGUCAGAAGACUGCCGUGCGGAGUAAGACAA